AAAAUUAAUCCAGCAAAUCAUGCAUAUACACCAAAGAUUCCUCAAUAUAUAUCGACACUUUUCCCCCAUGCACUUCCUGCUCUUCUCUGCACUACAGUUCUCCACACAAUGUCCGAAAUUGUUGUGGCCGAUCCCCCCAUUGACGACCCAAAUAGAGCCAGCACCAGCACCAGCAGGAGGAGACGGCCUUAUACCACCACUGAUCAUGCCAGGCCCUUCACGAGAUCGAUUACCUCCGGCCGGGACCAUACGCCGGAGCCCUUUGAUAGUGAGAAGCUGCCUGUCACUUUGGUGUCUGAGAUUCAGAGGUUUCUUCGUGUCGCCAAUCAGAUAGAAGCCGAUGAGCCCCGGGUUGCUUAUCUCUGUCGUUUUCAUGCUUUCGAAGUAGCUCAUAACUUGGACAGAAACUCAAGUGGUCGUGGGGUUCGACAAUUCAAAACUUCUCUUCUUCAGCGGCUUGAGCAGGAUGAAGAAAUCACAAUUAGGAAGAGGAAGGAAAAGAGCGACUUACGAGAAUUGCGCCGUGUAUAUUGGGAGUACAAAGAUUAUAUCAUUAAACAUGGUGGAGAAUACACUUUGGAAACUCGAUCAAAAUUGACCAAAGCAAGUGUCAUUGCGUCAGUCAUACUUGAAGUGCUAAAAACAGUUACUUCUGCAGCAGGUUCCCAGGCCUUUGCUGAGGAUGACAGCUCAAGAUCUGAAUUCUUUGUGCCUUAUAACAUUCUUCCUCUUGAUCAAGGUGGUGUUCAUCAAGCGAUAAUGCAACUUCCUGAGAUCAAAUCUGCAAUUGCUGCUGUCCGCAAUGUUCGAGGUUUGCCUUUUUUGGAAGAUUUUAAACCACGUACGUCAAAUAUGGAUUUAUUCAAUUGGCUUCAGUUUUGCUUUGGAUUUCAGGAAGGAAAUGUUUCGAACCAGAGGGAGCAUCUGAUUCUUCUACUGGCCAAUUCUCAUAUUCGCCAGACUCAUAAACAAGCUCCGAAGAUUUUAGGUGAUGGAGCUGUGGAUGAACUGAUGAAGAAGUUCUUCAAAAACUAUUCACAAUGGUGCAAGUUUCUAGAAAGGAAAAGCAGCAUUCGGUUGCCGUAUUUAAAACAGGAAGCACAGCAGUACAAGCUUCUAUACAUAGCACUUUAUCUCCUAAUCUGGGGAGAAGCUGCGAACUUAAGGUUUAUGCCGGAAUGUCUCUGCUAUAUAUUUCACCAUAUGGCCAGUGAAUUGCAUGCAAUGCUAAGUGGUGCUGUGAGUUUGACAACUGGAGAAAGAGUCAUGCCAGCAUAUGGAGGAGCGCAUGAGGCUUUCCUAAACAAUGUAGUAUCCCCAAUAUAUGAGGUUAUAAGUAAGGAAGCCAAGAAAAACAGAAAUGGAACUGCUAAUCAUUCGACAUGGAGAAACUAUGAUGACUUGAAUGAAUUUUUCUGGUCUCCACUUUGCUUUGAGAUAGGAUGGCCCAUGCGCAGUAAUCAUGAUUUCUUUCUCGACCACCCUCCAGAAGAUGACAAAAAGGAAAAUGCCCAAACACCAGAAAGAACUCAAGAAGACAAACAUGAUGAUGAUGAAGUUGAAGAAAUGGAACCCCAGGUAGAGAAACCACGGAAGCGGAGGUGGUUAGGGAAAACAAAUUUUGCAGAGGUUCGUUCAUUUUGGCAGAUAUUCAGAAGCUUUGACAGAAUGUGGAGCUUCCUUAUUUUAUCCCUUCAGGCAAUGAUAAUUAUGGCAUUUCAUGAUCUGGAAUCUCCUCUCCAAGUUUUUGAGGCAACAAUACUUGAGGAUGUUAUGAGCGUCUUCAUCACUGCAGCUGUUCUUAAAUUUAUCCAAGCAUUUCUUGAUAUUAUCUUCACUUGGAAAGCCCGAGAAACUAUGGACUCGACUCAUCGUCUGAAAAACUUGCUGAAGCUAGUGUGGGCAAUGAUAUGGACAAUUCUUCUUCCUAUAUUUUACUCUAGUUCUCGAAGAAAAUACACCUGUUAUUCUACACAAGAUCAAAGUUGGCUUGGACAGUGGUGCUAUUCUUCUUACAUGGUAGCAGUUUCAUUUUACUUGAUCAGCAAUGGAGUCAAUAUGGUCCUCUUUUUUGUGCCUGCAGCGGGGAACUAUAUUGAGACAUCUAACAUUCGAUUAUUUAAAGUCAUGUCUUUGUGGACACAGCCUAGGUUAUACAUUGGAAGAGGAAUGCAAGAGAGCCAAGUUUCUCUCCUGAAGUACACAUUAUUUUGGGUGUUGUUAUUGCUAAGCAAAUUUUCAUUCAGCUAUACAUUUGAGAUUAAACCACUUAUUUCACCCACAAGACAAAUCAUGGCGAUUGGGGUAAAAAACUAUGAUUGGCAUGAGCUUUUCCCAAAGGUCAAGAACAACGGUGGUGCCAUUGCAGCCAUUUGGUCGCCCAUUAUCAUUGUAUAUUUCAUGGAUGCUCAAAUAUGGUAUUCUGUUUACUGUUCUGUCUUUGGAGGACUUUAUGGAAUUUUGCAUCAUCUUGGUGAAAUUCGUACACUGGGAAUGUUGAGAAGUAAAUUUGAAACGCUACCCGCGGCGUUCAAUCGCUCGCUUAUUCCACCCCCAACAAAAGAUAAUAAAGAUGGUAUCAAAUUGUGGCUUUGUCAGCCAAACUUUCUGAAGGCUUUAGAGAGCAAGAAAGGUGGAGUUUUAAAGUUCGCCAUUGUGUGGAAUCAAAUCAUAAGUAGCUUUCGGGACGAGGACCUGAUAAGCAACAGGGAAGUGGAUUUGAUGAUAAUGCCCAUAUCGUCUGAAUUAGUGUCUGGCCGAGUCUAUUGGCCUGUUUUUCUCUUAGCAAAUAAGUUAUCAACAGCUCUUAGCAUAGCACAAGAUUUUCGUGGAAAAUACGGCAGUCUCCUGAGAAAGAUUAGAAAAGAUAACUACAUGUACUUGGCUGUGGCUGAAUGCUAUGAAUCAUUUAAGUACAUAUUGGAUAUUCUUGUGGUCGGUGAUGUAGAGAGAAGAGUUAUAUUCGGCAUAGUGGAGGAACUUGAAGAGAGCAUUCGAAACUCAUCACUCCUGAAGGAUGUACGGAUGAGUCAAUUACCAGUUUUACAUGCUAAAUGUAUUGAACUGGUUGAGCUUCUGGUUGAGGGUAAUGAAGAUCAUCAUCAUCAAGUUGUGAAGACUCUUCAAGAUAUCUUUGAGCUUGUAACCAAUGAUAUGUUCAUAAAUGGUUCCAGAUCACUGGAUUCACUCAACACUUGCCUACAACUGGAGGAAGAAAAUACAGAUUUCUUUGGCUAUUUUGAGCCAGAAUUAUUUUCCUCAAAGCAUGCCAUUCAUUUCCCGUUGCCUGAUCGUGGCCCUCUCAUGGAGAAGAUUAAGAGGUUUCAUCUACUACUUUCCGUCAAAGAUAAAGCUAUGUAUAUGCCCUCAAAUCUGGAGGCUCGUAGACGAAUUUCAUUCUUUGCCACAUCUCUCUUUAUGAACAUGCCUAGAGCUCCAAAAGUGCGAAGUAUGCUGUCAUUCAGUAUAUUGACUCCACAUUUCAUGGAAGAAGUCAAGUUCUCAAAGGCAGAACUUUAUUUCAGCAAAGAAGCAGUUCCCAUAAGCUAUUAUAUGGAAAAGAUCUUUCCAGACGAGUGGGAAAAUUUUCUUGAGCGCCUGGGAAAUGAAAUUGAUGAGGAAGAUCUGAGAGAUUGGGCUUCUUUCCGGGGACAAACACUAAGCAGGACAGUAAGGGGUAUGAUGUAUUACCGGAAGGCAUUAAAAUUGCAAGCUUUUCUGGACAUGGCUGAGGACGACGAUAUUCUUCAAAAUUAUGACGCCAUUGAAAGGCCAAAUGAUACUUUGUCAGCGCAGCUUGAUGCCUUGGUAGACAUGAAAUUCACUCACAUUGUUUCAUGUCAAAUGUAUGGAUCCCAAAAGGCUUCCGGAGAUCCUCAGGCAACAGACAUACUUCAGUUAAUGAUAAGGUAUCCGGCUUUGCGUGUUGCUUAUGUCGAGGAGAAGGAAGAUUUGGAGAAUGGUACUCGGCCAGUAUAUUCCUCUGUUCUGGUCAAAGCUGUCAAUGAUUUUGAUCAGGAAAUAUACCGCAUAAAGCUCCCCGGACCACCUAAUAUUGGAGAAGGAAAACCAGAAAACCAAAAUCAUGCAAUAAUUUUCACGCGUGGCGAAGCACUUCAAGCAAUCGAUAUGAAUCAAGAUAAUUAUCUCGAAGAGGCUCUCAAAAUGAGAAAUUUGUUGCAAGAAUUUCUACAAGCUCAAAGGAAUCGUCCUUCUAUUCUUGGAAUAAGAGAGCAUGUCUUUACAGGAAGCGUUUCAUCUUUGGCGAAGUUCAUGUCCUAUCAAGAAACCAGCUUUGUGACAAUUGGGCAAAGACUCCUAGCAAAUCCACUCAGAGUUAGAUUCCAUUAUGGGCAUCCAGAUUUGUUCGACAGGAUAUUUCAUUUGACUCGAGGUGGAAUAAGCAAGGCAUCGAAGACAAUCAAUUUAAGCGAAGAUGUGUUUGCAGGCUACAAUACUACAUUGCGGCGAGGAUAUAUUACGUAUCACGAGUACAUACAAGUUGGCAAAGGCCGCGACGUCGGAUUGAACCAAAUCUCCAAAUUCGAAGCCAAAGUGGCAAAUGGCAACAGUGAGCAAACACUUAGCCGCGAUAUCUAUCGCCUCGGACGCCGAUUCGACUUCUUUCGAAUGCUUUCUUGUUACUUCACUACUGUUGGCUUCUACUUCAACAGCCUGAUAUCUGUUAUCGGAGUAUAUGUAUUCCUCUACGGACAACUCUACCUGGUUCUCAGUGGACUUCAACGAGCGCUUCUUUUAGAGGCCCGAGUGAAAAACAUUCGAUCUUUGGAAACAGCAUUAGCCUCACAAUCAUUCAUCCAGCUCGGCCUCUUAACUGGUUUGCCGAUGGUCAUAGAAAUAGGCCUCGAGAAAGGAUUCCUUAACGCCAUCAAAGACUUUGUUCUAAUGCAGCUUCAGCUAGCCGCGGUAUUCUUUACAUUCUCGUACGGCACAAAAGCUCAUUACUACGGACGAACAAUUCUUCACGGCGGAGCUAAGUACAGGCCGACAGGGCGUAAAGUUGUCGUGUUCCAUUCCAGUUUUACUGAAAACUACAGGCUGUAUUCGAGGAGUCACUUUGUGAAAGGUUUCGAGCUCACACUUCUGCUGAUUGUUUAUGAUCUUUUCCGACGAUCUUACCAGAGCAGCAUGGCGUAUGUACUGAUAACUUAUGCAAUCUGGUUCAUGUCGAUGACUUGGCUGUUCGCGCCAUUUCUUUUCAAUCCAUCUGUGUUCGACUGGGGCCGGAUCGUCGAUGACUGGAAAGAUUGGAACAAAUGGAUCAAGCAGCAGGGUGGGAUCGGGAUUCAGCAAGAUAAAAGCUGGGAGUCGUGGUGGAUCGAGGAGCAGGCGCAUCUUCUUCACUCGGGGAUCACUUCCCGACUGAUAGAGCUGCUUUUGUCGCUAAGAUUCUUUAUGUAUCAAUACGGGUUGGUUUAUCACCUCGACAUAUCUGGCCAGAACAAGAACUUUGUCGUCUACGUGCUCUCAUGGAUUGUUAUAGUCGUCAUCUUCCUUCUGCUCAAGGUAAUGAACCUCGGCCGGCAAUAUCUCAGCACUACUCAUCAUCUGGCAUUCAGACUCUUCAAAGCCUUUCUUUUCCUAGGCGUUGUCGCCACGAUCAUAACCCUGUCGCUCAUCUGUCGUCUGUCCCUCAAGGAUCUCAUCGUCUGCUGUCUUGCAUUUCUCCCCACUGGUUGGGGCAUGAUUUUGGUGGCGCAGGCGUUGAGGCCGUUGAUCGGGGGGACGGGGCUGUGGCAUUUCGCGAAGGUGUUUGCGCGGGCGUAUGAUUAUGGGAUGGCAGUAGUUCUGUUUGCACCCAUAGCUGUGUUAGCUUGGCUGCCCAUAAUCUCAGCCUUCCAAACCAGGGUCCUUUUCAACGAAGCAUUCAGUCGAAGGUUGCAGAUUCAGAGAAUUCUUCCUGGAAAGCUCAAGCGCAGGACCUCCUGAUUCCAAUUCCAUGGCUUUACUUGCAUAACAGUGUAUAUAUAUAUAUGUAUGUAUGUAUUUAUGUGUAUGUUAGAAAAUUCAACUUAUUGGUUCAUGUUGUAUAAAACAAUCACAAAGUCUACAGGUUUAUUUGAAUUUAAUUAAUUUUCUUAGAGCCCCACGGGAAUAUUAUUUUAAAUACAAAAUAAUAUUACAAAACUAAAUUAAAUAUUCUCAAACCAACCAAAAGAAUAAAAAAAAGAAGAAACAAAUUCAUUGCUACAUAUAUCCAUCCAAA